AUGCGAGAGGUAUCAUUCCUUGCAGCCAGUUGCCGUCUCGCUACUCAACCACAGACUGUUCCUCAAGUCACCAGAAGACUCAAGCGAAACCCUUUAGUAGCCAGGUCACUUAAGUUCAAGAGGGGGCAGAAUAAUGAAAGCACCCCACUCCCAACACCAACACGCUCCUCUGAAAGUGAGAAGAAGAGACAAAAUAGUAAAGAGGUGUUUGGGAGCAUUCUCAACAACAUGGAGAAAGGAAGAGGACUGCCUAAGGCUGGGGUUGUGAACCAACCACUGCCUACGGAGGAGGUGAUGGAGGAGAAGUCAAGGAGAAGCGCUCUAGUCAUCGUGGAUCCUAAGGAGACUACAGUCGCUUUAGAGGAAGCGGCAGUGGAGAAGCAGCUUGAAGGGGCUGAAGAGAAGAAGAAGAAGAAAAAGAGCAAAGAAAAGAAGGAUGGAGGAGAUGAGUCAUCCAAUCUAAUCAAAGCAGAGAAGAAGAUCAAAGAGAAGAAGGAUGAAAAAGAUGAGGAGGCCAGGCUGAAGAAGAAGCAAGAAAGAAGUGAGAAGAAAGAACGCAGGCAGGAGGAAAGGCGCCUGACGAAGGAAGAAGAAAGGAAAAAGAGGGCUGUAAGCCCAGAGCUGGACGGGGAAUCCACCUCCAUAAAGGAGGACAAGGGGGAAUCAACACAACUUAGCAUCUUUCAAGUCAUCAAGUUUAUGGCAGCAUGA